UAGUUAUCGCUUACUAUACUACUCUUUGGAUGCGCACAGAGAAUAAAUAUAUAUAUAUGUGUGUGGGCAUGUGCACUGCAUGUGCGUGUGGUUUGGUGGUCGCAGUCCGGUGUUGCAUGCGUUUAUAUGAAUAUUGAUUGAAAAGUUUGUGAAGUCAACUUUGGCCGAGGGUUAUAUAGUAGUGAUCCGAUAGAGACCAAUAAUGGUCCCUAAAGGUAUUGAUCUUAUUAAAACUAUUUAUGAUGGCGAUGAAGUAGAAGAUUUUUCUGAGGAUUCAGAUGUAGAAGUCGAGUAUCAACCCACUAAACAAAAAAGAAAGAAAACAGGAGAUUUUGAAGCAGACUUUCAAUUUGGAAUUGAUUCUGGAGGCAAAUCUACCACUCCUGAGUGGAACGAUAUCCAGAAGUAUAUCCGACGUAAAGGGAAAAGUGGUGUGGAUGAGAAGAUCCUGAAAGCUCGCACUGAGAGAAAAAGCAAGCCAACAAAAAAAUCUGGAGAUGAAGAUGAAGUUAUUAUUAGUUCAGAAGAAAGUGAAGAAGAAAAUGUGGAAGAAAGUGAUAUUUCAUUAUCAGAGGAUGAACUAAAACAUGAUGAAAUAAAAAUCAAACAAUCGUCUGUGAAAAAAGUCAAGAAAGGAGUGGUCAAUGUUGAAGGAGAAGAAAAUGUAGACUUUUUUGAAGAUGCUCCUCCUUAUGAUGAAAAUUCUUCGUUUUAUCAGAUGAAUCUUUCCCGCCCAUUGAUGAAGGCCAUUGGAAUGUUGGGAUAUAUACACCCUACUCCAAUUCAAGCAGCCACUAUUCCUGUAGCUCUUUUAGGCAGAGACAUUUGUGGGUGUGCUGCUACUGGUACUGGAAAGACAGCGGCUUACAUGUUGCCUACUCUGGAGAGGUUGUUGUAUCGACCAGUGCGUGGUUUAACAAUCACUAGAGUACUAGUGCUAGUGCCAACUCGAGAGUUGGGUGUUCAGGUGUAUGAAGUUGCAAAACGCCUCGCUCAGUUCACAUCUGUGGAGAUUGGUUUGGCUGUGGGUGGUCUCGAUUUAAAAAUUCAGGAAUCUGUUCUGAGAAAGAAUCCAGAUGUAGUUAUUGCAACUCCAGGUAGAUUAAUUGAUCACCUCAAGAACACGCCCUCUUUUAGUCUGGAUAGCAUUGAAGUAUUGGUAUUAGACGAAGCUGACAGAAUGUUAGAUGAGUACUUUGCCUCACAAAUGAAGGAAAUUGUCAAACAGUGUUCUCGUACACGACAAACAUUACUAUUUUCUGCUACUAUGACAGAGGAAGUCAAAGAUCUUGCUGCAGUUUCUCUUAAUAAGCCAGUGAAGAUAUUUGUGGACAACAAUCAAGAUGUUGCUUCUAAUCUUCGCCAAGAGUUUAUUAGGAUACGUGCAGAUCGUGAAACAGAUCGUGAACCGCUCUUGGCUGCUCUGGUUUGCCGCACAUUUCGUGACCAUGCCAUGGUGUUUGUGCCAACAAAGAAACAAGCCCAUAGAAUUCAUAUCCUGUUAGGUCUGUUGGGUAUUAAAGUGGGGGAACUGCAUGGAAAUUUGACACAACCCCAACGUCUUGAAGCUCUCAGACGUUUCAAAGAGGAAGAAAUUGAUAUUCUUGUGGCUACAGAUGUUGCUGCCAGAGGUCUUGAUAUUGUGGGAGUAAAAACAGUAAUCAAUUUUAUGAUGCCUCCCACUCUAGAACACUACAUUCACAGAGUUGGUCGAACUGCUCGAGCUGGGCGCUCGGGUGUUUCAGUUUCACUUGUUGGAGAAAAGGAGUAUAAAGUCGUUAAAGAAGUUAUUAAAACUGCUAGUUUGCCUCCCAAAAGUAGAGUUAUUCCUCAAGAUAUCAUCACUAAGUAUCGUGAAAAAGUGGAAGCUUUGGAAUCAGAUAUUGAAGCAAUCCUACGAGAAGAGUAUGAGGAACGAAUGUUAUUGAAGAUGGAAAAUCAAGUGAAGAAAGCAGAGAAUAUUGUUAAAACUGAUAAAAAGCAGCCACAGCAAACUCGAGAAUGGUUCCAGUCACAAAAGGAGCGGCAAGAGGAAAAAAAAAAGCAGAAGCUUUCAAACGCAGGAAAGGAAGUGGAUGGAAAUGAGGGGAAAAAGCAAAAAAGUAAAAAAAGAAAACUUGAGAGUAAUUCAACUGAAGCCCGAAUGCAAAAUGAAUUGCAGAAAAUUAUGGCUGUUCAGGCACGUUUGGCAAAGAAAAAAGUGCGACCCGGACGCAUCUUUUCCUCUGGUUCAGCAAAUCUAAAUAUUGCUACUGAAAAAGCACCUCGAGGAUCUAGAGGUUCAAGGAAGAAAAAAUCGUCCUUUGUUACUGAUCUUACAGAUGUUAGUAGAAAAGGAGUAAAACGUUUGAGAUAUGAAGCAAAUGUUCAGAAAAGACUCGACUCUGUCAAUAGUAAGAUUGCUGCAAGAAAAACGGCGACCAUCACUGGGCAAGGUCCUAAGCCUGGCAAAGGAAAAAAGAAGAGAAAGUGAAAUGUUACAUUUAAUUAUUUUAUUUUGUAAAUACAUUUUUGUUAAUUACAACAGAAGUUUUGAAAAUGUUGUGCCAUUAUUUCCUAUUAUUUUAAUGAAUGUUUGAUUGUCAUACAAACCUGGGAGAUGUUUCGUGGAAGAAUUUGGGCCCCAAACUUCAUUAGCAGUUUUGUUUAAGAACUCUUCAUGCUUUUAUGGUUACAUCAAAACCCCUCUUUUACAUUUUUCAAAUGUCCAUGAAAAAUUUAUGUAAAUUGCAGGAAAGUAUUAAUGGUGAGAAAUUACUUAUGCUUUUAUAAUAAAAUAAAUUAAGUUAAGUUAAUUUUCUGUUUGUUAAUGUGAAAAAUCACAGCUUCUUAGGCCUUACACUUUAAAAUACACUAAUUCUUUCUUUCCUACAACACAGACUUAUUGAAUCUGUUUUCUGAUUAAAAGAACACAAACUUUUUUUAAACCACACACAAAACAAGCAUGUUAUUGUAUCAAGAAAGAAAAUAAAAAUAGUAACUACCAACUAAAUAAAUUAGUGGGAGAAUUUAUGGGGAUGUAGCUCAGGCUAUUGAGUAAUUCUAACUUUCUCUGAUAUCGGGAGAAUGGAAUUUUUCACACCUGCUCAACAGUUUAGUGAGGGGGGGGGGG